UAUAUAGCCCGUGUCAAGAAUUUUGGGCAGUGUUAAAAUUGGUUGGGCAGGCUAUAGAUAUACUGUUAAAUAGAAAAAGCGAUAUCAAAAGUAGCUAAUCGCGUAGAGUAACAUACAGGAAAAAUGACCACUGCUGCGGUGACUUCAAGAGUUGAGAGGUUGGCCAGCAGUGGGAUUCAAUUAAUACCAAAAGAGUAUGUGAGGCUUCAAGAAGAGCUGACGAACAUGGGUAAUGUCUUUGAGGAAGAGAAAAACAACGAAGGGCCUCAGGUGCCAACCAUUGAUUUGGGGGACAUUGAAGCAGAGGACGAAGUUGUUCGUGAGAGAUGUCGCAACGAGUUGAAGAAGGCUGCCAUGGAGUGGGGAGUAAUGCACCUUGUCAACCAUGGCAUAUCAAAUGAGCUCAUUAAUCGAGUCAAGGUUGCUGGAGAGGCCUUCUUCAAUUUACCCGUUGAGGAAAAGGAGAAGUAUGCCAAUGAUCAGGCAUCAGGCAAUCUGCAAGGAUACGGCAGCAAACUAGCAAACAGUGCCAGUGGUCAGCUUGAAUGGGAGGACUACUUUUUCCAUUGUGCUUUCCCCGAGGACAAGCGGGAUUUGUCGAUUUGGCCCAAGACUCCAGAAGACUAUAUCCCUGCAGCGAGUGAGUAUGCAAAGCAAUUGAGAGGCUUGGCAACCAAGAUAUUAGCUGUGCUGUCUCUUGGCUUGGGAUUAGAAGAAGGCAGGCUAGAAAAGGAAGUUGGUGGUAUCGAAGAGUUAAUUCUGCAAAUGAAGAUUAACUACUACCCCAAAUGCCCUCAACCGGAGCUAGCAUUGGGUGUUGAAGCUCACACUGAUGUCAGUUCUCUGACUUUCAUCCUUCACAAUAUGGUGCCUGGCCUGCAAUUGUUCUAUGAGGACAAGUGGAUUACUGCCAAAUGUGUCCCCAAUUCCAUUAUCAUGCACAUUGGGGACACCAUUGAGAUUCUAAGCAAUGGAAAAUACAAGAGCAUUCUUCAUAGAAGCCUUGUGAACAAAGACAAAGUAAGAAUCUCUUGGGCAGUUUUCUGUGAACCACCAAAGGAGAAGAUCAUCCUCAAACCACUGCCUGAGACAGUUUCAGAGACUGAGCCCCCUCGCUACCUGCCUCGAACGUUUGCGCAGCAUAUUGACCAUAAACUGUUCAGGAAAACCGAGGGAGCUGUUGAAAAAAAUCAAUCCACUGAGGACAAUAAAUCUCCUGAAGACAAUCAACCUCGUGAAGAUGGUAAACGUUCGUGAAUGGAGAUCCCUCCUACUUUUUCUGCUAAUCCAAGUUGUACCAAGCUACUUAAUAACCUUUUCUACUUGUUCUCUUUUGGGAGUCCGGUUUGCAACUGGUUCAAGCGCCAUUUUGCUGUGUUUCAUUAUUCCUUGAAGUUGGUCCUUAUGUCCUCUAAAGUUAUUACGUGCUUUGCUUUGCAUCGAAUAAAAUCAUGUAUUUAUUGAUCAUC